UCCAUCGGCGACGAAAAAACCGCGUAGAAGUUUAGAAAUUUUAUUGAAGUUCUGCUUGCUGGUGUUUAUGGAUUAGUAAGAAGGCUGUAAGCAUAUUACAUAGUUUAGAAGUUCUGCUUUAGCUAAAAUGCAUCAUAUACAAAAAUAUUUAGAUAAAGUGCCCAGUCUGAAAUUCAAGCCGAACCAUGCAUCUGCCUGUAAAAACACAAACAUUUAUCUCUACUGUAAUUAUUACAGUUUUUACUCUCAAAAGGUUUUAAUGGCACUUUAUGAAAAGAAUAUUGAAUUUGAGCCCCUAUUUAUUGAUAUUACUAAAGGAGAACAGUAUUCAUCAUGGUUUUUGAAAAUCAACCCCCGCGGCGAAAUUCCUGUUCUAAAAGUAAAAGGCGAAGUUAUUCCCGACUCCACUAGAAUUUUGGACUAUUUAGAAUUCUUUUUGGAUUCAGAGUUACCACCAUUAGUUAAUGUUUCAACUGACAGUAAGGUGCUUGAUAGUAUUAACAGAUUCCGAGACAUGAUUGAAGCCCUACCUGCUGGCUUAAUUACAGUGGGAUCGUUUUUCCAUCCUCAUUUGAGUGGUACCCCAAAACUACCCUUCAUUCUACCUGUCCGUGAAAUUCUUAAAAACGGAGACUUAAGCAAUUCUACUAACUUACGGAAACUAGCUGAAGAAAACCCUGAAGCAAAAAGCAUUUUACUCUACAAAGCUGAAAUACAGGACAGAAAACAUGAAAUCAUUAUGAAUGAAGAAGAGUAUACUAAGGUCCUUAAUGUAAUUGAUCAAGUCUUAACCCAAGUUGAAGAGCAGUUAAAAGAACAGCCUGAAGGUAACUGGCUGUGCUGUGAAAACUUCAGCAUUGCUGAUAUUAAUCUAGCUAUUUUACUUCAACGCCUCUGGGAACUUGGAUAUGAAGGUAGAUAUUGGGUGGAAGGGAAACGUCCUCUAUUAGAAAACUAUUAUGAACGUGUGAAGCAACGUGAGUCUUUCAAGAAAACAAUGCCCAAUUUACCGGUACAUUUGAAAAUGAUUGUAAUGUCGCAGCCUCCAGCUUACUUAGGCGCCGCGGCCGCAGCAUCGAUUGGUGUUGUAGUAGCAGUCGUAUAUAUUGUCAAAUCAAUUAUGCACUGAAUAUUAGUAGGUAUGUACUGAAGUACAAUUUACAUCUUCCGCUCAUAUCCGAUUUAUCGGCGGCUAUCCUUAAUGGGGUAGAUGAUUACCUAUAAACGUAAAAAAUAAUUUGAGUAAUUUUACUUUAACAAACUGAGAACUUAUUAGUUAACUAGCUCUUGCUCACGGGCCCGCAUGUUACACAUCGAAAA